AUGCUGCCGGAGCCAGGUGUCAUGAGUGGCGGGGGCAGCGUGUGGGCUCUGGCCAUCGGCUGGGCGCUGGCCGUGCUGUGCGGAGGCGCCGGGCGCCUGGACAGCCGUUGCCUGGCUGGAGGGAAGCACAAGGUGGCCCCUAGCCCCGAGGGGCAGCUGGGCGUUUGCCAGCUCUACGCCGCCAACGCCUGCUGCUCCCCCAGGGUGGCCCAGGAGAUCUCCAGUGCCCCACUCGCCAAGGUCAACGACAUCUACUGGGAUCGCUGCGGGAACCUCAGCCCCAGGUGCGAGCACUACCUGCAGCGGGUUGAAUGCUUCUACCGCUGCUCCCCCAGCGCCGCCCGCUGGCCCCACCCCCAGCGCCCCACAGCCGUCCUGGAGGUGCCCCUCUGCCUGACCUUCUGUGAGGCGUGGUAUGAAGCCUGCAAGGAUGACCUGACUUGUGCCCGCAACUGGGUGAGUGACUGGCAGUGGGGUCCCCAGGGGAACAAUUGCAGCCGGGACUGUGUGCCCUACAGCCAGAUGUACCGGGACGGCAGGGAGCUCUGCGAGAACAUCUGGGGUGACUCCUUUGUGGCUGCCCGGGAGCCCUGCCCGUGCCUGAGCCUGACAGGCUCCGACGCCGACCCGCUGCCCGAGGACGGGGCCAGCUCGGAGGAGCCGGACUCCACCAAAGCCGGCAGCCCCCGGGGGCCCUGCCCAGCCAGCGGCCUCCUCCGGCGCGGCCUGCGCAAGCGCUCCGUCUUCAUGGAGGACGUGGAGGGGAGCGGGAGUGGGUUCUAAACCCACUGGUCCCUCCCGCCAGCUCCCCCGCUCCCUAGGAGAGUCCCUCCCACACCGCUCGCCCCAGGGGCCGGGGAACGCUUGUAAUCUAUGCAAACCCCCCACCCCUGUGAUCGUGUCCCCCCCACGCACACCGUGACUGCUUCUCUGGCCCCUCCUGCACCCCAUCCAGCCACCUACCGGGGGAGGACCCACACAGCCCUCCUCCCCCCACAGCCAUAGGGCCCAGCUCAAAGGGGUGUUAGCUUCCCCCUCCCCUAGCACCCAGUUUCCCAGGGAAGGAGUCCCUGCUCGGAACCAGCUCCCCCCCCCCAAUCACAUAGGCCUGCAGGGAUGUAUCAUCCUCUUGCUAUACUGCAGAGGAGGAAACUGAGGCACAGAGAGGCAACGCCUGAGAGAAGCUUAGGGUAGUAGCUCGGCUCUAAAUCCUCCCGUUCUAACCACUAGUUUACCUGACUAGCCAGGGAUGGAACCCAGGAGUCCUGCCUCCCAACACGCCAACCCCAGCACUAGACCCCCCACUCCGUUCCCACAGCCUGGGACAGAACCCAGGAAUCUUGCCUCCCUGCUCUAACCACUAGCCAAUACUGCCCCUGCGAGAGCCCCACCCCCAGGCGCAGGCUCUCUGACGCAGACAACGGCUAAGCCACCUGGAGGCCCUGCAGGCCAGGACCCGGAGUGGCUGCUGGCCAAAGGCUCGGGGCAGGGGAGGAUGCUGUUCCCCCCCCACCGACGGGGUUGAGGAGCUGAUGAUAAGCCAGGUCCAUUUGCUUCAUGCUGGGCCGACUCCGAAACUGCCCUACAAAGGUCAGACAGCAGGGGGGGACAGAGCACACUGACACCACCGGGGCAACAGGGGGCGCUCUCCCCACGAGUCACUGCUGACCCCCAUGCCAGGCUCGGGGACACUGUCAAUUCAACCCAACCCAAGCAACAGCCUUUGCACGUAGCCCGCACGCUAAAGCUGGUUGCAACCCCUCUCAAGCUAGCGUAGACAGAACCCGCCAUGUCUUAGCUGCGUCUAGCAGGCGGGAAUGGAGCUGUGCAGGGCGAUAGCACGCCCACCCAGGGGAUGCUGGGCUGCAAGGCGGGGGGCUCUCUCCCCGAGCAGUCUGGGCUGGCCUCCAGGCCCCAGCAUGGCAGUAGGGGGCGCCGUGCAGCACACGAGACAGAUCAGCGGGGCAAACAACGGACACCGAUUCCAUACUGCAAGAGCCCCGGGACUCAAAGCAAGGAUCUGCCCCCCGGCAGGGGGAGAAGGGGAAUCAGAGGUGUAGGGGGAAGAUCAUGCCAGUGUUUCAAGCCAGCACCCCUCAAAGCAGCCCCCAACCUUCUGAAGUGUACCCUGCCCCUCUAUUCAACCCCCUUGCUCCGAGCGUCAGUUCCCAUGGGGCCAUCCCGCCCGUCACGUGCCCAUUGGGGAUGACGAGGGGGAAAACGCUGUUCGAAAAGCAGACGAUACCAUGGAAAGAAAUAAACAAAAAUAAAAACCUUUAAAAUUUG